AUGAAUGAUCCCCUCCUCUCUCCAUCCUCUCACCAUGGUGGCGAUGAUGAUGCAACUUUGAAUAUUGAGCAAGUGUUGAAUGAAUUUGAAUUUUUAAGAGUAUUCUAUGAACGCAUUCGGAAGGAAGGAGAACAAGGCUUGCGAUUAUUUCAUGAUCUGAUCCGAGUUUUAAAAUUGGGCAAUCAUGUGAGACAAGUCUUUGUUCAGGAGAGUGAGGCUUGGACAGAUGAGUUUUUAAUUGCUCAAAAGAAGUAUUUGGAAGAAAAGGAAUUAAAGAUUCAGAGUAUGAAUCAAUUAUUUACGAAACUUGAGCUGGAAGAGCAAAUGACUUCAAAUCGGAAUUGUGAUGAUCCGUGUACAUUAGUGAUUGAUCAUUUUCGGAAACAAAUACGAGAGUAUAAAACAUUUAUUAUGGAACAACAAUUCAAAUUGUCGGAUUUAGAGGAGCAUCCCAAAAUGAAUCGAUUUACAGAGCUCAAUCAGCAAUUUAGUGAGCAGCUCAGAGAACUAGAGAAAAAAGUGGAUCACUGGAAAGAACGUAUUGGAGACCUGUCCAUUCCAUGGCAAGUGGCAUAUAGUGCAUCGUAUGAUUCUUCAGAAAGGAAUGGAGUUGUGGAAUUUAAUUCUGGAAAAAUUACAGAUCGAUUCGGAAAUAAUCUGUGGGAGGAUCGAUGCGGAAUGUGCGAGGUUAUUAUUCAAAGUGGAGCGAAAGGAGAAGGAGCUGCACGAUAUCGAUGUAUAUCUAGCUCAGAGAAGACCGCUACAAAGUGUGAGCAUUGCUAUCGAUGGAUGAAACAAAUUGAAAAAAGAUAUUUCUCGUCACCUAUAGAGUUUGACAUUAACAAUGACACAGUCAUAUCUCAAGAUAGCGAUGAAAUAUUUCAGAAAGCAAAAGAGAUAGAUCCCUUUUUUGGAUAUCCUUACAUUGUAGAGUAUAAUGAUGUAGUAUUCAUGAAGUUGAACAUUUUAAAUGCACCAAGUCUUCACACAUUUGUGAACAAUAUUUUCAGAACAUUUUCACAAAGACCCUCUGUCGGUACCAGAAAUAAGGACGGAGAUUUUUCAUUCAAAACUUACGAAGAAUUCCGAAACGAGAUUAUUUACUGCUCUAUUGGAAUUGCUGACGUUUUGAAGAAUGCGGGAAUCCUUAAAGAUUCGGAUGACCAGCAAGUAGCAAUAGCAAUUAGUACUGACGAGAACAGAUACGAAUAUUCCAUGGUUGAUUUGAUGUGUGUAUUGAAUGGAUUCAUAAGUAUAGGUCUUCAAUGUACGCGUUCUGAUGAUGAGUUGGAAAGCAUCAUUCGUACGGCUUCCGUAAAAUGCAUUGUAUGUGACGGAAAGCUGUAUGACAAAUAUUACAAUCUCAUUACGAAUUUAGGAAACAGAGAUGGUAAAUUUAUUUUGAUAUCAUUGGACAGGCUCACUGUUUCGAGCGAUACAUGUGAUGAUAUUGAAACAAGAUUUUUAUCAGAAAUUGUUGAAGCAGGUCAAAAUGUUUGCAUCACAGAUCCAAAUGCAAAGACCUUGUUAGGAAUUCAAUUAUCAACACCAAUAAUAGUUAAAGAAAACUCUCAAUUAUACAGAUACUCAAAUGACCCAAAUAGUGGUGAGAAACAGCCUGAACAGACGGAACAAUAUUCUAAAAGAAUUAAUUCUCUUAUAUUUACAUCGGGCUCUUCCUCUAAAGCAAAAGGUUGUAUUGUCACAAAUGAACAUUGGAGGGUGGAUAUUGAAAAACAGAUUUCACAUGAAUUAUUGGAUGUAGAAGCCUCAUACAGCCCACAAGCCCUUGGAAGUGAUAGAGUUACGACAUGGGGAGCCUUCCUAAAAGGCGGCAGAGUGGUUUACUGCAGAAGAGGAAUCUAUUUGUUUGAAGAUUUGAUUAAAACUAAUCCAACAGGAAUUGUUACACCUCCCAGUAUUUUCAACUCAAUUUACAAUGAAUAUCAUUCUGAAUUGUUGGAACUUCAACAGAAAGGAGAUGAGCAACAGAUAAAAGACCUUGCUAAAAAGUAUACCAGACUGUUUGGCCGAAGGUUAAAAAUGGUUGGUAUUGGAGGAGCAAGUGUUGCUCCUGAAUUAUUCCAAUUCAUUAAGAAUAUCCUACAGCUACCAGUUGUGGAAGGAUAUGGUGCCUCUGAAUGUGGUGGAAUUGCAACAAACGGAGUCAUUAACCCGGAUGUCAAAUUUAGACUCGUAGAUGUGCCAGAGAUGGGUUACUUCAAAACAGAUAUUCCUUUUCCAAGAGGAGAGUUGCUUGUUAAGACCUCAUAUACCAUUCCUGGAUAUUUUAACAAUGAAAAGGAGUCAAAUGAAUCAUUCACUGAUGAUGGAUAUUAUAUCACUGGAGAUAUUGUUGAGCUGAACCCUGACAAUAAUUCAAUCAAAAUAAUUGAUAGACGAAAAAACAUUUUCAAGCUGGCAAUUUCUGAAUUUGUUAGUCCCACAAAGUUAGAGAAUGUUUAUGAACAAAUUGACGGUAUUAAGAGCUGUUGUAUCUAUGGAGAUAGUAGUCGAGAAUAUAUUGUUGCAAUAGUAAGAACUGUUCAAAGCAAUUGUAACAAUAAGAAGCAAAUUCUAAAAGCAAUGCAUCAAAUUGCAAAGCUACAUAACUUUAGACAUUUCGAAAUUCCGAGAGAUUUAAUAUUUGAUUGUGACGAGUGGACAAUUGAAAAUAAUUUACUCACUCCCAGUGGCAAGGUUUCUAGAUUUAAUAUUUACAAGAAACAUGAAAAAAGUAUAGAGGAAUGUUAUUCUGCUCAUUCGAAUGACCCAGUAGUAGCUUUGUUCACAGAUGAUGACGUGGAGAAAAACUUUAUAACUCUAUGUAAGAACAUUUUAGAAACAACAGACGACUUGGACAUUAACAAAAGCUUUACUGAACUUGGAGGAUCAUCCAUGAAAGCUGUCAAGUUAUUGUUUGCCGUUCAAAGAUUAUUUAACAUCUCACAAAUUCCAAUCAAUAUAUUGAUUCAUCAACCUUUAUCAACUGUUUGUCAAGUCUUAUCGAUAGGCUCUUCUAACAAGCUAAUGCACCAUUUCACCACACACAAGAAUCAAACCCUCUUUUUAGAAGUUGAGAAUGAUUUAAUUUUGGACGAAUCGAUUCAAUUUCACGAAAAAGAAAAGAGAGAAGGCCAGAUCAUCUUACUAACUGGAGCGACAGGAUUUGUUGGGAGCCAUUUAUUGGAUAAGUUAUGUUACCGUUUUCCUAAUUGUACCAUUUAUUGCAUUGUAAGAGGAGGUUCAGAGUCUGAAGCCAAGGAUCGAUUAGUAACAGGUUUGUCAAAUUUACAGUUAAAACCAGAUUUAUCCAAUGUCAAAAUUCUGUGUGGAGACAUUUCAAAAGAUAAAUUUGCUCUUAAGGAUUCAAGUGCGUAUGAAUUACUAUUGAACCAAGUCACAAGCAUUUAUCACGUGGCAGCUCAGGUAGAGUUUUCAAAAUCGUAUUCAGAUUUGAAGAAUUCGAAUGUGAACUCUGUGAAGCAUUUGUUGAGGUUCAUUUCACAAUCUCCCAUUGAGAUAUAUUUGCAUCAUAUAUCAACCAUUAGCGUGUUUGGCGAUCUUCUCAACAAAAAUCCAAUUUUGACAGAGAAUGAUUCAAUAGGAGACACCUUCAAAGAGAGUGGCGUUGUCAAUUCAGAUGGCUAUUCACAAACCAAAUGGGUGAGUGAAAAACUUUUACAGCAAGCAGCCGUAAAAGGAUUCAAGACAUUUAAAAUUUAUAGACUUGGGCUCUGCAGCUGGUCAACCCAAACCGGAAUCUCAAAUGCAAAUGAUUGGUUCACAAAAUUUAUCAAAUCCAUCGUUCAGUUGAAGCAAUAUCCAGACACCAAUGAAAAACUGAGCCUUGUUCCUGUGGAUUACCUUUGCAAUACCAUUAUUGACAUUGCCUCUAGCAAUUCCUCCACAUUUAAUACUUUUCACAUUGUCAACAACAACAGUCCAGUUCCUUUCAAACUCUUUAUUCAUUAUUUGGAACUGUCACACCGAAUUCAAAUAAUUGCCAAUUUGACUAAAUCGCCCUACUCGACUUGGAUUGAACAAGUGAAUGAGAAGAUUGAGAUUUAUCCCUUACUCCCCUACAUCAAGCAAGGUUUUCCAUCGACACCAAAAUUCACAGACAACCACUCACAGCAUGUACGUUCCAUUCCGUCUUGUCCAGACACCACUCUAGAAUAUGUGUCACUUCUCAACCUUUCUCUUUAA